AUAGUCAAGGAUUUGAAUACCUCGACCAGAAAUUUUAAUAAAAAUGGGUGAUGCUCCCAAGGAUAUCGAAACGCCCCAAGGCGCUGAUUUUGCAUCAGUUCACCGGAGUUCCAGGAACGUGCGUUCUUUAGAAAAUGUGUGUCGCGAUCUGAUAAAUAGCGCGAAGAGUCAGAAUCUGCGCGUCAAGGACCCAGUACGCAUGCCAACCAAAACUCGACGCAUUACGACUCGUAAAGCUCCUUGUGGCGAAGGUUCAAAGACUUGGGAUCGCUUCCAGAUGAGAAUCCACAAGCGUAUCAUCGAUUUGCAUUCACCUUCGGAGAUUGUAAAGAAGAUCACCUCAAUUAACAUUGAGGCUGGCGUAGAGGUAGAGGUUACCAUUGCCAACUUGCCAACUAAACUGCAAUGA